GUGCCCGUCUCAAAAUUACCAAAUUACCGGUUGGCGCUGUACCGAUUGAUCUAUUUUUUUCGUUUUGCGUAUGCAUCUUCCACCAGUUCAUUGUUCGUGAACCUCACCGCGUUACUAGACCGCGGUGUUUCUAGCUUUUUAGCAAGGAUCGUGGAGCAACUGAAAGUGUUCUGUUUAUUUGUUCGCAAGGAGCUAACUUCCUUAUAAGAAAACGCACGCUGGUCUUGAUCCUGAAGCUAAUACAGUCUGUGCACACCUCACUAAAGUGGCAGUCCGUAGUAGAAUGAACGCUUGUCGAUGAAAUAGGGGUGCGAGUUGAUAGCGUCUAUCUAUUGUAUUGGAUGCCAGUGGAGAAACAUGUGAAUUUUCCUAGUGUUCUUUCGUGCACGGUAUCUAUCCCUGCAGUCAUUUAAACACAUCGCCCAGUGAUGUCACAUUCCGUUCUUUUGUAAGCAAUUUAGGAUUGUUGGAUCUGCGUCACAGCGUCAAACAUAGAUGGUCCUAUUCCUAAAUACCAUAAACUUGUGGCAUAUCUUCUUGAUUUGUUAGAUCCAAAACAUCACUUGCCCUAUCCCAGUUAGAUAAUUCUGUUUGUCCUCUAGACUGUCUAUUUCAUCAACUCCUAUUCAUUGUGUAUCAUACCAGAAAAAUAAUAUAAUUGCCACUAGGUUGUUUCCAACACAGAUUGCCUAUGAUAGCAUGAUAUAGUCAGGUGCUGUCUUUUACCAAUUUAGACAAGACUUUCUGUAAUACAUCUUUAUAAAUUGGGAUGUAAUGAUAUAUCUUCUAUUUUUUAUUAAGUAGUGUCCGAUUAACUUUUUUGAGGAUCUUGGUGCUUGAUCACUUAAUAUAAAUGCCGAAAUCCUUAGGUAGAUAUGCUUACUGAAAGGUUGUAAGUUUAGUUAUCUUUGCUUUUUAAAUUUAUAAAUUACCAUAAGAACCAGUUUAUUUCUACUAUCUUAACAUUUGGAAUAAUACAAAAAUUCCUCCAGUUAUAAAUAAACUUGAAUUCCCGUAGAUUUAUGUUGAGCCAGUUUAGACUGUGCUUCUCCCAUUAGGACUACCUUUUUUCUCCGCAUUUAAUCUGGAGUUACUUUUUGCUUAUAAAGUAAGUAUCAUUAGUUUUCAAAUUCUUUUUUUUCGAGUAUAAAAAAGCCACAUGUGCUGAGGACGUGCUCUUCCUAAUGCAUUCAGAGAUCAUACUAAGAGAGAAACUAUUUACAUAAAACAUAUGUGCAAAUUCUCUACAUCUUCAGGGUAAAUAUCGGACAAUCCAAAUGAGUCAAGCACCACAUCAGGCCUGAGUUGAGUGCACACUGCGCAUAGGAUUCUCUUAAACAGAAUCGGAAGAUUAUCAUCAAAAUGAAGCUCGUGAAACGAUUUACAGCUUACAAGGCCUAACUUACUAAACAGACACUUGAAAGAUACAUGUUUCUUUUCUUCAAGAUCAUUAAUGACAAAAAAUUCAUGAGUGUUUUUUCUCAAAAAUAGAAGUCAUGGGUUGAGAUGGCUCAUCACUACAGAUAGAAUUGUGUGCAUAAGCAUUAGAUUGUUACACGUUGUUUAACUUUGAAAUGUCAAUCUUAUCACCUUAAAUCCAUACCCGAAAGACCAGUACUAUCUACCUUAGAAGAUGUGAAUGGUGUAUUGCUAUUGUUGUAAAGACGAUUACAUUACAUAGACUUGAUUGCAUCCAAAAUCACAGAGACAAUUUCCUAACGACAAUCAUAAAUACUCAAAACACCAUACCAUUAAAAAAGAAGUGUAAAGAACAUUCCAAAUACAAAAGCUAAAACAAAUGAUAAGGUACUAGAGAAACUAACCCAAAAGGAAAGGGUAAAUAUAAGGAUGCAUUUAUUUUUACGUUACAAGAGCAAGGGGAAAAGGGCAUAAGGGUCUUUAAGUAGUGCGCCGAAUCUGGCCUCUUUGAAACAGAAAAUCUUCGAUCUUCUUGUACACACCCCAUUCCUCUCCCCAAGACCUUGCCUCCGUCUUCCUCCAUCGCAGGAAGCUGCGACGCAGUGGUGCCUGACAUUAAGAUGAAGCUGGAGGAGCAGCUUGUGCUCAAACUCUACAACCCUGAGUUGCGUGAAAGUGCCCUCGUUGAGCUCUCCAAGAAAAGGGAGAUGUUUCCAGAUUUGGCUCCACUGAUGUGGCACUCUUUUGGCACAAUGUUUGUGCUGCUGCAGGAAAUUAUGUCAUUCUACCCUGCACUUUCACCCCCUAUGUUAUCUGCAAGUGUAUCGAAUAGAGCCUGCAACGUUCUUGCACUUCUUCAGUCUGUUGCAUCACACCCUGAGACCAGGAUCCCCUUUUUAAAAGCUGAAUUUACUGAGUACCUAUACCCAUUUUUGAACACUACCAGCAAUGCCAGAUCUUUUGAGUACCUGCGCCUCACCGCUCUUGGUGUGUUUGGUGCUCUUGUUAAGGUUGAUGAUACUGAAGUUGUCAAUACCCUGCUAGAUGGUCACAUCAUUCCUCUAUGCUUGCGAAUCAUGGAGACAGGCAGUGAACUUUCAAAAACAGUGGCCACUUUCAUUGUCCAAAAGAUCAUUCUAGAUGAAGCUGGGUUACAGUACAUCUGUGCCACCCCGGAACGUUUUUUUGGGAUAGCCAUUGUUUUAGCAAGAAUGGUGGCUGAACAGCCCUCCACCAGAUUGCUGAAGCACAUUGUCCGCUGCUACCUCAGGCUGACGGAUGAUCCCAGGGCCCAUAUUGCGCUGCAAACUCAUCUUCCUGAGGCUCUGAGAGACGGGACAUUCGACAACGGCCUUAGGGAUGAUGCUGUUGCAAGGCACUACCGUCAACAACUGCUGGAUAAUCUGGCCGUGCCUGCGGGCGGAGCACCUCCUGCAGUCCCAGGUAGUGCAGCGGCUGGGGUAACUCAACCAGUCCCAGCUCCUGCGGCAGGUGGUGCGCCACAUCCUGGCCCAGGCUCUGUGGCGGGUGCAAGCCCUGAAGGAUCCUCCCAGGAAGGACUGAGCCAUGCUCAUCCAGGCCCAGCCCCCUCGGCGGGUGCUGCACCGCAUCCUGGUCCAGGCCCUGUGGUAGGUGGAAGCCCUGGAGGAUCUUCGCCGAGUAGUGCUCAUCCAGGCCCAGCUCCCACGGAGGUUGGUGCACCACAUCCUGCCCCAGGCCCUGUGGCGGGUGGAAGACCGGGAGGAUCCUCUCAGGCAGGGCCGAGACGCAGGCGCCGUUGAUGUGAGCGGAUGCAGAUGCUGCAAUUCAGAGUUCACUGCAAUUAUGGAAUAUCUUUCCGCGAAUUACAGCUAGUGGAGAACCCUGCGCGUCUCUGGAAUAGAACGCUAUGAUGCCGUUUAUUGCAGUUUCAACAAAAACUGCUUGAUGUAUUUUGGUAUUUUGGAGACCCAAAACAAAGGCGAAACAAACCUAUGAAAAGUACCCUUUUAUAUGAAGCUCCUCAUAUGAUGCAUUGGUUGCCA